CAUUUGCAGCCUCGGCUAUCAAUCACUGGGUCCCGGCAGGUGAUUCCCCGUCAGCACCCGGUGAUAUCUGUGUAUUACCGAUGGGGGAGAGACCCAUAUGUAAACAAUACAGAUCUCUCCUCUGUCAGCUCCUGCACACUACUUUGUAUGGCUCUGCAUAGCAGAGCCAGUGUAAAGCACACACAGCCCACAUAGUAAAACAGCACACAGCUCACAGUUAACCCUUUGAUAGCCCCAUAUAUUAACCCCUUCCUGCCCAGUGCCAUUAGUACAGUGCCAGUGCUUUUUAUUAGCAAUGAUCAGUGUAUUGGUGUCACUGGGGAUGUCAGUGACACCAAGUCAGUCCCCUCCAGUGUCAGAAUGCUCGCUGCAGUCCCGCUAUAAGUUGCUGA